AACGAACAAGCACACACACACAACCCAUAAGCUAUUUCUCCUCCUCAUCCCAUUUUAGCAGCUAUUACGGAUGUCACGAAAAUAUCCGAAGUGAAUUGUCGAGUCGUCACAGAAACAACGGAGUUCUUGUUAUAAUUUUUGUCGAGACAAAACGAAGGAACACGCCCCAAAGUUUCAAACUCUUUUGUUAAAAAAUAACAAUUAGCAAUUAAUUAAAGAACAAACAAAAAAAAACCAGAUUGGUGAAAAGAAAGCAGCUCGGAUAACGGACAGAGUCAACAACUAUUGAAAAGGUUGGAAGAGGCAAAGAAAACUUUAGGAAUAAUAGGUAAUUAGCGGAAACUUUAACGGUUUAGAAAAUUAUUUUCACAGAUCAUGGACAUUCUAAAGUUCUGUUUGUCUGCAUUAUUUUGUUUGGCAAGUGCGGCAAGUUAUGAAAUUAAGCAAAGUGGAACUGCUGUGCUCAAUGGAAACGUCACCCUUUCGAUAACAAUAUCUGAUAUGGAACGACCGGUGGUUUGGAAGUGCGACAAUUAUAAAUAUGAAUGUGACAGGACAUGCGCUGAUGGCACUGACUAUAAAGUAACACAUAGUGGAGAUACCUCCAAGCUUUGGAUCAGAAAAGUAACUGAGAAAUGUUUGACUUGGAAAUUCGAAGAUGAGAACCUUAAUGUUGGAAAAAUUGAUUUGGAUAUAAAGAACCUUGAUCUGUUCCGUAGCGGGUUGAUGCCGUCUCCCGGUCUUUCCUCUCCAAUAUACAGGUACACUCUGAAAGAAGGCCCAUUCACUCAGGUAAUGCUCACCCACCUUUCAACAAACUGCUUGGAAGCCAGCACUUACCUCUCCACCCUGAUUUUCCUCUUCAAGUGAAACCUGAAAAAGUUU